AUGACGGUCUUUUCGCCUGCUCUCCCACCGCCGUCAUCUUCAUCACCAGAAUCUUCGUCGUCCUCCUCGCGAUCGAUUACGCCUCCGCACCCAAGCCAUCGCGUGUCGUCCUCGGGAACGGUGCAGAUUGUCUCCCCUGGGGCGAUGACGUCGUCUUCCGCGACGUUUUCGGGGGGUGGUUGGUCGCCUUUGGGGAGGAGGAUGCAGCAGCAGCGGCGGCAGAGAGGGCAGUAUGGCCUGGGAGGAGGUGUUCCGCCUGAGGGAGGUGCGCCGUUUUGGUGGAUGGAUGGUUCGACGGUGGAUUUGUUACCUCGACAGGGCGAUGAUGAGUGUGAGAGAGGAGACUUGCUGGGCGGUGCUCGGGCUGGUAAACGAGGGGAGAUGAGGUGGCUUGUCCAUGUGGUUGUGCAUGGGGUUGUGUUGGCGAUGCAGAGCGGCGUUGCGGUGGGCGUGUUGACGGUGUUUGCGUGGAUGGGGAUGUGGAGGGAUGAUAGGGGGGAUGUGGGUGGUGUUUCUGGAGACAUGCUGCGCAGUAUUCCCUCUUUGGCGACAACUUCGGUCCUCAUCCUCUCCUUUGCGACCCUCAUGAUGCACGAAAUCUAUCUCCUCUCUGCGGUCGUGCUGCUCUACUUGCAGGCGGCUAUUCUCGCGCUCGCGACUGUUGCUGCGAUGAGCUUGUGGAUGAAGGGCGUUUGGGAGGAGAACGGCGUGGCCAAGUGCGUCUUGAUGAGUUGCGGGAUGAUGUUAUGGGGGACUUCGGGAUUGGCGUUUUUGAGGGCGGUGGUGGUGUGGAAGGUGACGACGAGCUUGGUGGGCGAGGAUGAAGGGGUGGGAGAGGGAGGGAGGAGUGGUGAGGUUGUUCAGGGGGGGUAUGCGACUUUUCGGGGAUCUGGGUCUGCAUGA